AUGAAUCAUAUCUUUAAAUACAAGAAAAAUGGGAAGAAAACAGUUAAACUGGAGUUUCAGGAACCACUUUUAAUUGAUUUAUUUCAAGAUAAAAGCUGUGAUUUAUAUAUUGAAUUACUCAAAAAUGUAAUGACAAAAUCAAAGAAAGUUGUUGUUUUUGUAGGCGCUGGAAUCUCUACAGGUGCUGGAAUACCCGAUUUUAGAUCAGAAAAUGGGCUUUUUGCCUCUAUACGUUCAAAUUUUAAGUUAAAAACAAUGGGACAAGAUUUAUUUGAUGUAUCAGUUUAUAAAAACGAUGAGAAUAUACAGCAGUUUCAUACAAUGAUAUCUGAUUUAUACAGGAUUUCUGCUUCAGCAAAACCUACUUUGUUUCACCAAUAUAUUGCUGCUCUAGCACGUUCUUCACGCUUGAUGCGUCUUUAUACACAAAAUAUAGAUUUUCUGGAAACACGGAUGCCAUGUUUAGAAUCACAAGUACCUUUGCCUAUGGUUCCUCCAUGGCCUAAAACAAUUCAACUACAUGGCGGCUUGCAAAAUAUGAUAUGUUCAAAAUGUUGUUGGGUUGGACCUUUUGAUCCUGAUAUUUUUAAAGAUGAUACACUGCCUAGCUGUCAACAGUGUAUAGAGAUGGAGAAUAUACGUACCAUUGCAGGAAAACGUAAUAUUGGUGUAGGAAAAUUAAGACCACGAAUUGUAUUAUAUAAUGAAUACAAUUUAGAUAGUGAAGCAAUUGGCGAAGUAACUACGUAUGAUCUUAAGGAAAAACCGGAUGCUUUGAUUGUUGCAGGAACUAGUCUUAAAAUUGCAAGUGCACGAAGAAUUGUGCGGGAAAUGAUAGAGGCAGUAAAAGCAUCACAUGGAAUAACGAUAUGGAUCAAUACAACAGACUUUCCAAGGACAAAGGAAUUUGAAAACAAAUUUGAUAUUAUUGUUAAAGGAGAUUGUCAGAAAAUUGCUAAUUUAGUUAUGUCAAAAAAUGAUACCGCAGAUAUGAAUUCGAAUGAACCAUCUUAUGUCUUGAAUUCUUCUCCAAAAAUGAAACGACCUUUAGAAAAUGAGGCCUUUUCUGUUGAUGGAAAUAUAAAUAACAUGGAAAUUUCUUCUCAGGUUCCAAAGAAAAGACAGGCUUUGAAAACUCAGCCCAAAAUAUCUAAAGUUUUCAAAUCAGUAAAAUCUACAAGCAACAAAUCUUUUAAAUCAUAA